CCCUCGGCAUAGCAUGCAUGUCUUGUGCUAUCCUCGUGCGCCGUAACUACAGUAUCUAUGUUUUUAGUAUGCAUCCCAUCCAUUGCGACGGGGCAGGCUAUCUCCGCAAAAUACAUAAGCUUCGCAGGUCUCGCCUGCCUCCUCCUUUCCUUGUUGCAUCUUCCUCUCUCAACAACUGUCUGUCGCUUGUAAAGAACCCCCGCUCAUAAAUCACACAAAAGAGGAGACAGCCGGUCUGUUCAUCCCGCAUUCCCAUAAUCCAGCUGUCGAACCAGUGAACGAAUAAACACAGAUAUGGCAUCCGACGAACUGUCUGCUCCAACAACGACGGAACUCACCGUCACGGACGCUGCAAAGGCUGAGAUCCGAAGAGACUCGGGAAGUUCUUUUUCACCUCACCCUUCCAAAAGUCCCAUCUCUCCAGCUCCAGCUCCAACUCCACUGCCGGCAUCUACCAACAUCAAACACCACCAUACGAUACCCAAACCCGUUGUUCCUCCAAAAUGGAAUUCGGUUCGUCAGAUUAUCGUCCAUGCGACAUCGGGUGGUUUGCGCUCGUUUUUACUAGGUUACGCCCUCCGAGGCGGGAUCGCAUCGCUGAUCAAAACCAUCUUCUUCCUCCGGGGCAAGACGACGCUCAAAUCCGCUCUUUCCGCAUUCUACGCCCCAACAUCAACCCGCUUCGCAGCCAUGAUCGGCUCCUUCUCCUUCCUCUGGAAACUCAUCAACAACCUCCUAGCCCACACCUCCGACCGCUCCUCCAAACUGCACGGGAUGAUCGCCGGCGGAAUCGCAGGCAGCGUCGCCCUGCUCUUUGAAGAAAAAGAAUCCCGCAUAGCCAUCGCCCAACAAUUUUUCGUCCGCUCCAUGCAGGCCGGCUACAACGCCCUCAAAGCCCGGGAACUCGUCCACUUCCCGCACGGAGACUCGGCCCUCUUCAUGCUCAGCUGCGCCAGCAUCCUCUACGCCCUUAUCAUCCAGCCCACCACCAUCCCGCCCGAAUACUACAGGUGGAUGGUCAACAUCUGCCAGGUCUCCCACCCCAUCCUCGAUUUCAACCGCACCCACGUCGCCGCCUACUCAAAGGGCAUCACUCUCCCGGAUACCGCGAAACGCAUGACAUCCCUCAUCGAACACCGCCCCAAAUCCUUCACACCACAGCUCGUCUCCUCCGCCCUCGGAUACCUCAACGCGAACAACGGCCAGCUCCCCCUCGUCCCCUGCUCCGUCCUCCACCCCUCCUCCGCCUCCUGCUUAACCUACAACGCCCAACUCUGGCCAACCAUCUUCCGCGACAUCGGCCCCGUCUACCUCGCCCUCAACUUCGUCCCGCUCCUCCUCUUCAAACCAAAAGUCCUCCUCCACGACCCCGUGAACGUUACAAAACGAAACCUGGUCGCCACCGCCCGGAGCGCCGUCUUCCUCGCGGCGUUCAUCAGCAUCUUCCAGGUCAUGAUCUGCGCGCAACGCAACCUCGCCCUCUCCUCCCUGCCCAUCCCAAACGUGCUCCGCAGGGACCACCGAUACUGGUACUACUUUGUCGGCAUGUGCUGCUCGUCCUCCAUCUUCCUCGAACACAAACAGCGCCGCUCGGAACUCGCCAUGUACGUCGCGCCGAAGGCGUUCACGUCCGCGUGGAAGCUGUUACAUCAACGCGGGGUGAUGACGCGCAUCCCGGGGUUCGAGAUCUUGAUGGGGGGUGUGAGCAUGGGGCUUUUGAUGAGUGUGUAUCAGACGGAGCCGGAACGGAUGAGUGGGUUGUUGUUCAGGGUGAUGGAUAAGAUGAUUGGGAGGAAUUAGGGGGGAUGGGCAUACAUUCACAGAGGGAUGGGGGAUGAACAAACUCGAGUUGGAUUUGUACAUACAUGACGCCGUAGCUAGCUAGACCUGACGCCCAUUUUUCUUUUUGUUUCGCAUGCAUUCGGAGACUUCGGAAUAGAACCAUCGUUUUAUUUCAUUGGCUUCAAGAAAGAAUGAUUUGUAUAGCAGGAUGAGAACAGGAUCACUACGGGCUCGUCGUGCGCUAAGCUACUGUAAACGAGGCUCUGGGCUACAAGCUCAACUACGCCGAUGGAUACAAAGGGAGGAGAGAAAAAAAUAGGCCGAAAGCAUUCACCAGCGAAACGAUAA